UUCACGUAUUUUCUGAAUAUAUAUUUUGUAUUAACUGUGCUGUUUUUUUUCUGAAAGUUCUCUUUGGGGUAUCUUUUUUGUUGUUUGUUUAUAUUAAAACCAAUAUAAGAAUUAAAUUUAUAUAUACAACACAAGGGAAGGGGGAGGGAGAGAGAGAGAGAGAGAGAGAGAAUUAGUUUGUUGAGCUCUCAUUUUCUACUGUUUGAUCUUUGGGUGCUGUUUGUUGGUUCACAUAACUCUACUUGAAGCAAUCUCUUAUUAUCUUUAUCCUUAAUGUGCAGUGGGUUUGUAUCGUUUUCUUGUAUCUAUCAUCUAAAUCAGCUUGUAAACAUAUUUGCUUCCUUCCUGGGAAAUUGAAGUUGGAUAUUUUUAUUUUAUAUUAAGACAAAGCAAAUUAGUAUUGUUUUUGAAAUGGGAUGUCGGGGUUUUGAUAUGAUCACCAGGGAAUAUUUGGAUUUUUUGUGGAAUUCGAGGAGGAGAAGAUUAGGGUUUGUGUUUAGGGUUGUUUUUGGAUUGUGGUUUGGUUUUGUUAUGUUAAAGCCAGUGGCGGGAUUGAGACCGAUAAGAGAAAGGGCUCGGUCAUGGGGCGAUGAGUGGCUAUUUGUUAGAAAAGAUGAAAGCGAAUUGGGUCCAUUUCAUGCAUGGAACAUAACAGGAACUUAUCGAGGCUCUUGGAAGUUCCUGGAGUCUUUGAAUAGCUCUUCAAAAUUUCCCGAUUUCAGGAAGUCAGCUGGUGAUUCUGUCAUUGAAUUAGUUAGCACACCAACAAAAAUAACUGGUGUACAUUAUGUUCAGGGUGUAAUUAUUUUCCAUGACGUGUUUGAUAACAAACACAAUGUUGGUGGUGCUCAAAUAAGGGUAGAGGGUGUAUAUAUAUGGCCUUUUAGACAGCUUCGAAUGGUAGCUAACAGUGGAAAGGAAGGAGAGCUGAGUCAGGAAGAAGAUUAUAUUUUGUCUAACCCAUACCAUUUGCUUGGAGUUUUCUCCUCUCAAGUGUUCCAAGAAUCUCCACGUGGCAAAAUAUGGAGAAGAAAAAAUUCACCAAUUUAUGAGAUGGAGAAACAUUGCAAUAUAGAAAUUGCAGCCCAAAUUUCACGCAUCUCAUCCAGCCAAAAUGAUGGAGAUCAUGAUCGUUAUCACAUCGAAGGAUUGAUGGAGAGUCCGACGGUGGAUGAUGAUGGAGAUUGCUUCUCACCUUUGCUAUUAAAUGCAACUUCUGUCAACAUUGAAGUCUAUUACAACAAAGCAGUCAACUACACCUUAAUGGUCACCUUUGUCUCCUUCCUUCAAGUCCUUCUGUUAAUCAGACAAAUGGAACAUAGCAACACACAAUCGGGAGCUGCAAAAGUUUCAAUUUUAACGAUUGGUCAACAGGCUAUCAUGGAUGCUUAUCUUUGCCUCUUACAUCUCACUGCAGGAAUACUGGUUGAGUCCUUGUUUAAUGCUUUUGCAACUGCGGCAUUCUUCAAGUUUGUAGUCUUCUCCAUUUUUGAGAUGAGGUACCUUCUUGCAAUAUGGAAGGCAAGUAGACCGAUGAAUAACGGUGAAGGUUGGGAGACAAUGAGGCGUGAGCUAUCAGUUCUAUAUAGCCGUUUCUAUGGGAUCCUUUUAGGAGGCAUUUUGGUCAUGUACGAGUUUCAUAAUUUUUUGCAGCCUAUACUUCUCCUUUUGUACUCAUUUUGGAUACCUCAAAUAAUCACCAACGUCAUUCGUGAUUCAAGAAAACCUUUGCAUCCUCAUUACAUCUUAGGCAUGACUAUUACUCGGCUAGCAAUCCCAUUAUAUAUAUUUGGAUGCCCUCACAACUUUAUGCGAAUUGAGCCUGACAAGAGCUGGUGCAUCUGUUUGGUUGUAUUCAUUGGACUUCAAGCAUCCAUUCUUCUUCUUCAGCACUAUCUUGGAUCUCGAUGGUUUAUUCCUCGUCAGAUACUACCCGAGAAAUAUAGCUACUAUAGAAGAUUUGAUCCAGAAGCAAAUCAUGCCAUAGACUGUGUCAUUUGUAUGACUUCCAUUGAUCUCACACAACGUUCAAGAGAUUGCAUGGUAACACCAUGUGAUCAUUUCUUUCAUUCGGGUUGUUUGCAAAGAUGGAUGGACAUAAAGAUGGAAUGCCCAACUUGCCGCCGGUCGUUACCAACAGCUUAAAGAAAAUUUUCCACUUUAUCGUUGAGGUCGAGAAGAGAUUCCAGUGCCAACUUUUUGCCUGGUUCCAUUUUCAGAGAUACAGCAUAAACAAAAUUAAAACUGUCACUACUGACACUGUAACAGCCUUGUAGGCAACAUUCUUGUGUAUUCAUUGUAUAAUUGUAUAAAUUUCAAUACACUGGAUAUUUCAUACCAAUUACCAAGUACUAAUUGUCUUAUCAAAAAGGAGGGAAAAAAGUGCAAAUCGGUUUAGAUUA